UUCAAAGAGAAGAUUCAUUGAGUAAAGAUCAAGUUCUUAUUCAAGAUGAAAAGUGUUGUUGCUUUAUUUAUAGCGAUUUGCACACUCGCAUUAUCAGGCUAUACCAUAGCCCAACAGCGAUCACCCGUGCAGCUAUUACACUUAUCAGCUGGAAACAAUUCAAAAAUCGAGUUUAAUGAAAAUACAGUUCGUGAUUUAUUUUUUAAUCCUAAACUUAAGGAUCGACAAGUCAUUGUGUUCUCAAUUGUCGGUGCUUUUAGGAAGGGAAAGUCAUUCUUGAUGAAUUAUUUACUUAGGUAUCUUUAUGCUCAUUACCCAAGUAUUUCCAGUACAGAGCUAAUCAACGAAGGAGAUGACUGGAUGGGUGAGCCUGAAGAACCCCUCACCGGAUUUGACUGGAAAUCAGGAGUAGAGAGAGUUACAAAAGGAUUAAUCUUAUGGGGUGAUGUGUUCCUUCAUGAUGGACCUAGAAAUGAGAAAUAUGCAAUUUAUAUUAUGGAUACUCAAGGAUUAUUUGACCAUAAAACAACAACCGCAGAGAAUUCCAAAAUCUUCUCACUCAGCACCUUGAUAUCAUCCAUACAGAUCCUUAACAUUCUCAACAUCCUCCAAGAAGAUCAGCUUCAAUAUCUCCAAUUUGCAACUGAAUAUGCACGAUAUGGAUCAAGUGAUUCCGAUCAAUCUCCAUUCCAAGACCUCUUAAUUUUGAUCCGUGAUUGGAACUCAGUCGAUGAGUACAGAUAUGGACUUAGAGGAGGAAAUGCUUAUCUCAAUACUUUCUUGGAAAUUCAUGAUUAUCAAACGCGUGAGCUACAAUCAGUAAGAAGAUAUUUGAAGUCAUCAUUUGAAAAAAUCAAUUGUUUCUUAAUGCCAUAUCCAGGCAAGACUGUUGCUGUAGACAAACGUUAUGAUGGUCGAUGGAUAUCGAUUGAUGAUGAUUUUGUGGCUAUGAUGAAUGAGCUGUUUAAUCAUUUAUUCAAGAAACUGAAGCCAAAAACAAUAAACGGAAAGACAGUAAAGCCUGAUGAGCUUCUAGUCUUCAUCAACAGCUAUGUCGAAAGUUUCAAAAAUGACAGUUUUCCUUCAGCAGUUUCCAUCUAUGAAUCAACACUAGACAAGCAAUUUCGAAUUUUAAUGGCAAAAAGUGUUGAUCUUUAUGUUGAGACUGUUAGUUCCCAUGAUGCAGAAAUCGAAAGUGAGGAAGACAUCAACAAACUUCAUUUUGCUGCCAAGGAUAAGGCAUUGAAAUUUUUCAAUUCUGAGAAAAAAUUUGGAACUUAUUCAGAAGGAAUGAACUUUAAAAGGGAACUAGUCAAGACAAUUGAGGAAAGCUUUAAGCAGUGGAAGGCAGUCGCAGUUGUUCAACUCCGAAAAAUCACCGAACAAAAAGCUAAAACAGAUAAUCAAGUCAAAUUGCUUCAAAAUGCAGAAUCAAUGGACAAAAAUGCCAAGAAAAAAUUAGAAGAUGCAGUUGCAAAGAUGAUUGAAGCAAAGGAAGCAUUAGAUCAAGCAAAAACUGACACAGCAGAAGCAAGACGCGAAGCUGAAAAACUGAAACAAAAGUUUGAGGAUGCACAAAAGGAACGAGCUGAAGCUAUUGAGAAGGAAAAUCAAACCCGAGAAUGGCUGAGAAAAAUGUCACAAGACAAAGAGUUUUAUGAGCAGGAAUACAACAAACUUAAGCAACAAGCAGCAAUGAAUGUCGGUGGGCAGCUGUCAAAUACACAAAGUGAAAAUGGAUUCGAAAGAGUUGUUGGUCGAAUCGGAAGCUUCAUUGCCAAAGCCGCUCCAAUCAUUGCGACUAUCACUAGCUGGUUUGGUUGAUACAAAGCAAGCGAAAGAGACGAGGGGAUUUCUUAUGAAAAUUGAUAAGACUUUGCGGGUCUGUGAUUAUUGUGGCCUAUAAAAUUGUUUAUUAACACAAUCGCGUAUGUGAGAUUCACUGGGAAUUCCCGACUUUAUAUUUUUUGUGAUUUUUUUUUUAUUGAGUGAAGC